UUCAAAUAUUUCUUUUCAUCGUCUGACAAACGUUCGUUCAUCAACAGCAAUUUACAAUUUUUUCUUGUGUUUAAUUUGUGAAAAUAUUAAGUGAAUAAUUUAAUGCAAUUUAUUUAACAAUUAAAUUUGUUUAUUUUAUUAAACAAAAAAAAAUGGAUCGUUUUGUUACGCGCACACCCACAUGGAAAACUUUAAAUUAUUCUUCUGUGGUGGCGGCACAAAAAUCACUACCGCUUACAAAAACUACACCCGGUGAUAACAAAAAGAAGAAGCCUUUACAGCCAAAACAAUUAAGUGAAGUCUCAGUGCAUUCAUAUGAUUUUGAUAAACGUCUAGUGGAUUUAUUGCCCGGAACAGAGCCAGCUAAUGCUGAGAAUUUCAAUGGCAACAGCAAUGACAGUGGCUUAAGCAGUGCUUCUAGUAUAUCACCACAGCAGCCAGAGGACUAUGUUCCCGUUUAUCAGCCUAGUCCUUACAAGAAACUACUAACACCCACAAAAAAACCAAUGGGUAAAUUAGCUGAUUAUAUAGAUUGUCCUGUUGAAAAGGAAAAUGAUACAUAUAUGACAAUAACAGGCUCACCAAAAACGCACAAUAAAGUAGUGGAAACUGGCCUACAACUAAAACAGACCUUGGAAACUAAUAAAGUGCUAACACAGCAAGUUCAAGGAACUCCAGAGAGGCCAGCAUUAGCCGCCAACAGCAUGUUGAUGGCACGUAUACAAAGGGAUUUGAAUAGUCCCUCUGCUGCGGCUAGAAUGAAAGCUUUAAAGGCCAUGAAAUCUCCCACUAAAUCUGCUUAUAAUCAUUUUGACAUUCCCGAGGCCGAACAAAGUCUUCAUAUACCCGAGCCUCCUAGUCUACAGGAAAUUAUGCGCAAUAUUGUGGUUUAUGUUGAGGUGCGUUCUGGAGAAGAUAACCGCUCAGCUGGUGUACGUAAAGUUAUUGAAGCGCUGGGCGCUCGUGUUAAUUUAAGUUUAAAUCGUGAUACUACCCAUGUGAUUUUUAAAGAUGGUCUAAUGUCUACUUUUAAAAAAGCGAAACAAAUGAACGUACCCAUCGUUUCAAUUCUAUGGAUUGAAGCUUGUAAAAAUCAACGUCGUAUAUGUGAUCCCAAAGAUUAUCCCAUUUCAAAUUUGGAUCGCUAUGAAAAUCCCGAGUUGUAUACUAAAAUGAAGCGCGUCAAAUCUAUGCAACCAGACUCCGAGUGCAAUAAGCGAAUACGUGCUAAAGCUGGUGGCGGUGGCACUCCUAAAGACACCACACCCAACCAAAAGACUGGAAAUCUCAAGAAAACAUCCACACUUAUCGGUGGCACACCAACUAGUUCAACAAACAAAAAGAAGACUGAUAUAAGCCAAUUCUUUAAGAAAUUGGAAAGAGCAACACCAACAUCUACUUCCAAAGUAAAUGGAGGUGGCGACAUCACACCAAUGCCAGAAUCACCAGCAACACAAUUACUAAAUCGCAUUCAUUCCGAAUGUUAUACACCCUUAACGGAACUGAAAAAGAAAACAGCAUCCUCUAAAGAAAAUAAUAAUAAUAACAUAGAAAACAACAAUGAAAAGAAACUCGAGGAAAAUGAUGACAAUUCCUCUAACAUAAGAAUGGGAGUAAAGAAGACUUUAAAUUUCCUACCGGGUGAUACAGUUGAGGCAAGUUUUAGUGCCAAUGUUACUACAAGGCGUAGAAGUAAUAGUGUAGUGAUGCAGCAAAAAUCUACCGUAGACAUUAAUUGCGUUAUGGAGGAGUCGUCACCCCUACCCAAGGGACGAGGGCGAACUAGAAGACAUAGUCUAAUGUCAAACCAUGAAAUAGAAGCAACAACUAAUUCUUUGGUGACAAUGGCUAUAACGGCUACACCCAACAAAUCUACAAGACGUCGUAGUUCAAUACACACACCCAAAAACAUGUCAACGUCAAUGGCGAUAAGCGAAACUCCUAAUAAAAUUAAUAACAUAGAACCCAUAUUGGAGGAAACUAACGAAAUGGAAAAGGAACCAGUAGAACAAACCAAAUCUGUUACAAAGCGACGAACAUUGUAUGCGGCCAAGACAAUGGAGCAAACCGAAUUACUGCAAAAUGAAACACACAAAGAUAUAGAGAUAAACAGUACAAAAACAACACGUCGACGCACUUUAUAUGCCCACAAAACAAUGGAAACUUCGGAAAUAAAUGAAGUGGUAGACAAAGUAUUGAGCAAUGUUUCCACCAGGCGUAGAACUUGUUUAAAUCUUAAAUCUUUAGAACAAACUGAAAUUAAGGAAGCAAUGGACUCAACAAAUACACCGGACAAAAGAACUCCUCUAGUAAAUAGUAAAAUUUUGGAAUUAAACAACGAAGUGGAAAUGAAAACACCACCCACAACCAAAGCGGAUAAAACUAUAAGUAGACGUAGAACUUUAUAUGGAGCACAAACGAUCAACGCCACAGUCUCUAGUCCCAAUGUUACUGCAGGCAGCAGCAUUUGUAUAACACCCACUAACUUCCAAACGGGUAAAGUAGCUAGCUCUACUCUUUUGGAGGAUAGUGGCAAUAGAAGCAAAUUGGUGGCAACACCACCGGCUGAUGCCACAACUGGUAAACUAUUGGAAGAGACCGAACAGUGUGCCACGCCAUUGAUAUUUAGUUCUACGCGACAGCCCACCAAUAAAAGACGUACAUUGUUCGAUGUGUCCAUGGAUAUAAUAACACAACGUUUGCAAUGUAUUAAUCAAUCUGCCAGACGUUCGCUAGCUCCUCCCACACCUUCAGCCGAAGUGGCCGUUUCUACUCCUUUAGAUAUACGUAAAACUAAUAAUUCUUCAAUUGAGACUUUAAAUGAAUGUACAAAUAGUAAUGAUGGCUUGACUAGCGUAAGCACUCCCGAGACAAAUACCUUGAAAAAGAAACGUAAACUGUUUAUGCCUGAAAUGUUGGUUACACCACCACCGGCAGUUGCUAAUGAAACAGCUAAGGAAUCGGAAACAUUAGCAAACAAAACUGCCAACACAAAUUCUGUUACCAAACGUCGUAGAACCUUAAUGCCCAUAUCACAACCACAACCUACCACAAGUGUUAAGCUUAAAGAAUCAACUGCCAGCUUAGAACGUACACCCAAUGCCCGCAAACGACGUAGUACUUUAGAUUUUGAACAAAUCAAAAAUAUGAAAACCAACAAGGAAGAUGCCUCAUCGUCAAGCAGUCAGGAAUCUGUUAAAACUAAAAAACAACCCGUUUUAGUUUAUACAAAUAUGCAUCAACAACAAAUCGAUGUCAUACGUGAGGCCAUUAACAAACUGGGUGUUUUUAGCCUUGAAAGUACGGUAACUGAUACCACUACUCAUCUAGUUAGUUUAGAGCCAAGAAGAACUUUAAAUCUAUUAAGAGCCUUAACACGUGGUCUAUGGAUUUUGGAAUAUUCAUGGAUUUUAGAUUCACUUAAGGCCGGACAUUGGUUAGCAGAAGAACCACAUGAACUAAAAGAUUUCUCCAGAGGCAUAGAGAUUUGUCGCUCAGAACGUCAAGCUUUCGGUAACAACUAUAAAUGUGAUCUUUUUCAUAAAUUCGGUGCCUUCUAUAUAUCCUCACAAUGUUGUCCGAUUAGCAAGGAAAAUAUGUGUGAAUUAAUAAAGUUAUGCGGUGGUCGUGUUGUUAAUGCCCGUCAAAAGGCUCGUUACAUUAUAGGUGAUGCCAAUAGAACGUUAGAGGAUAAAUUCUAUUUAACUCCAUAUUGGGUUUUAGAUAGUAUAACACAAAUGCAAUUGAUGAAGAUACAAAAAUACAUGUAUCCAUUACCAGAUGCUACAACAGCGUCAUCUCAACCACUGCCAGUGAAAAGAAAUACAUAAUUAGAUAGAGUUUUAUAAAAUAUUAUUAUUAUUAUUUUUGUUUAAAAGAAACAGAUGCGUACAUAAUGUACUACUCAGUUUAAUUGUUUAUUUUUUUAGUUUAUUUUAUAAUUUGUUUAUUUCUUCUUUAUAUUUUUGUAUUCAAAUUUAAUUAAUUUACUUAAAUACACAGUAAAAUUUUAAUAUUGUUUAAUAAU